AUGGAGAACUACGAGAAGAAGAUUGGAUCUUUCAUCCAGAUACCCAACGUUGGACGAGGCCAAUUGAAGUAUGUGGGAGCGGUCGAAGGCAAGCCAGGAAUCUUUGUAGGAGUGGAUCUGUUAGCUAAUAUCGGCAAGAAUGACGGCACUUUCAGAGGCAAACGCUACUUCGACACCGAAUAUACGCAAAGUGGCCUUUUCAUUCAGCUUCAGAAGGUUGCCAGCUUGAUCGACUUAGCAACAGGCAGCGCUUCUCGAAGAGAAACACUUGGAGACGCACAUGGUGGAAGCCGUCGGUCGGCGUCGCUGACAGACCCCAGGUCCCCCACGCCCAUUCGGGCAAAUUCGCGACAGAGCUCUGCGGUGUUUUCUGAUACAAUGGACAUCGACCACGAAGACCGCCGCGUUUUGAGCGCGCCCGGUCGGGACCUGGAGCUGAAAAUCCAGCAGCAGAAUCAAGAGCUCAGCCAGUAUAAAAAGGUUCUAAGCGAGCAGCGAAUCGUGUUGGAAGAGAUUCAGCCAGCCAUUGAUGACUACGAAGAAAAGCUGCAGCAGAUGGAAGCCCAAGUUUCGAGCUUAGAGGCACAGUUGUCGAAAGAACGUGAGACCCAGCGUAGACAAAAGCAGUACUUUGAGACGGAACAUGAACAGCUGCUGUCUGUUGUGGAAGAACUCCAUACAGAGAUUCGCGAGAAUGAGAAGCGAAUGCUCAAUGCCGCACAGCCAUCACAGCCGUCAGACUUGAGCGAACUGACGGCAGAAAACGAGGCACUACGGAAUGAGCUUGAGGAUUUGAAAGCCCAGCAAGCAGCAAGCGCUGUAACUGCCAAAAAGUGGGAAAAAGAGCGCGAGCAGCUGAAGCUGCAGAUCGAUUCAUUAAGCUCGGAGUACCAAUAUGUGAACAAAGAAUUACGUGAUGCCCAUGAAAAGCUUAAAGUGAGCCAGGAAAGUCAGUCCGACUUGUCAGAGAUCGAGCAGCUUAAGCUGCAGCUUGAGGCUGCGAAUGCUAAAAUCCAGGAGCUAGAGCAAGGGUCUCCCAGGCCAACCACGCCUGCACUCACUACCGGUUCUGACCCUAUAGAGCGUGAAUCAGAGAGUCUGCCUCUUUACAUACCCAAGAAAGCAGAUCGAGCUGCAGGCAGGCCCAAAUGGUGCGCAUUGUGCGAGAGAGAUGGUCAUAAUAGCGUUGACUGUCCAUACGAGAAUGAUCAGCUCUUUUAA